AUGGGUUCAACAGCCGGCCGCCUUCAUGGCCUGUACGUUGGCCCUUAUGUUACAGCGAAAUUCGCCGUGGAGGCGUAUAUGGACUGUCUUCGGCUUGAAAUGCUGCCUUUCGGAGUGUCCGUUCACAUUCUGGAACCUGGCGCAUUCAAGACGGAACUGCUCAGUGAAGGUGCUCAGCAUGCGAGAGUAAACAAAGUAUUUGGAAGCGAAUUGCUUAGUCCUAUGCACCGGGUAUUUCUUGGGAAGCAGUCCCACCAAAGCGAUCCCGAUAUGAACAACAUGUUGGCGACGGUGCCAACCGAUGACGGAUGA